GGACAUCCGAUGCCAUUGCCCUACACCGCUCGGGCCAGAUCGCGAAGGCGCUCGAAACUCUGAGCGAGGUCCGCGAGAGCUUUCGCUCUGCCGUGCAGCUGGAUUCGAAGAAGCCCGACGCCUAUGUCACUUUCGCCCAGUCUAUGCUGACAUGCAACCAGCUGGAGGAGUCGAUAAGCGCAUGGGAGGGGGCUUUGCAGAGGAUCGACAAGGAGACCGAGCCCGAUCUUGCAGCCUGGGCGGCCGGGAGGCUUCGAUGGGCGAAGUAUGGUAUGGUUUCAAUGGAGCGCGACCAGGUUUAUGCUGGUGGGCAGGGCGACCUGCAGGCCUCCCUCAAGCUCAUCGAGAAGCAGCUCGACAUCUACCCUGGCUUCCCAAGCAUGCACCACGACUUGGCCACGACCCGGGUGAUGGUCUCCGAGCUUCGGAAGGAGUCGAACAUCACAACCCAGGCCGUUGCGAGCUUCAAGGAAGCCCAUGAGCGAGCUUUCGAAGCAUGGAAGGCCGGGCUCAUCGAGCGCAAACGCACGAAGACCUGUGACCAGGGCGCGCUGGUCUACGACUGGAUCGAGGCUACCGCAAGCUCAGGCAUGGACAUAUCAGUGGACUUCGUUCAGCACACUGGGUCGAGUGAGCCGCAGGGGAGUGCGGCCGGUUAUGUGGCCACUUUCAAGAAUGUGGGGCUGGCCGGGGAUGAUGGUCUCAUCGUCGAUGAGAAGAACUGCCGCAUCUACCUGGCCUCUGCCGGGCUGGCGGUGAACCUGGCCGCCAACCUCCAGCUGCUCGAGAUCUGGGGCGAUCCUGCCACUCCUUAUUCUUCCGGAGCGCGGUGGAAAUGGUACGACUAUUCGCAAGGCCGAGCACCGAACCACGGAGCCUGGGAAACACCCGCAAAGGUUUCCAAAGUGGCCAGUCUGGUGCAGUUCGCUGCCACGUCGCAUUUCCAUGUGCUGACGGAGGUGCUGGGGCGGCUCUGGCUGCUUGUGCGCCACGGUGCGCUGGAGGAUCCGGAGAUGCACCUCGCGCUGCCAAAGCCUUUCGGCUCUCCCUGCCCAGCAGCAGGAUGA